UCCGCCCGAUGGGUGUGUGUAGUUCCGGCAGGAGCGGACAUCUUGUGGAACUGCAGAGAAGACAAGACAGCGAUAGAGGGACAGGACGGAGGAGCUGGAGCGGCACGAACGUCAGAUAGCUAGCUAGGUGGCCAGAGCAUUGGGAUAUAAAACCGGUGAUCGUUGGUCCACUUCGGUCACCGUUGAUUGAGUCACACUGGGUGAAAACGUGGCAGUUAUUUAGUUUGCAAAUUAUUCGGGUUUUUUUUUUUAUUUACCUGGCGAUUUCAACUGGGAACAGAUUGCCCCGGGUAACCCACAGAAAGAGAGAAUGGCGCUGAAGCGAAUUCAUAAGGAGCUGAAUGACUUGGCGCGUGACCCCCCAGCACAAUGCUCCGCAGGCCCAGUGGGAGAUGACAUGUUUCACUGGCAAGCUACAAUCAUGGGGCCUAAUGACAGUCCAUAUCAGGGUGGUGUUUUCUUCUUGACAAUUCACUUCCCCACAGACUACCCUUUCAAACCUCCCAAGGUUGCGUUUACCACAAGAAUUUAUCACCCUAAUAUUAACAGUAAUGGCAGCAUCUGUCUCGAUAUUCUAAGAUCACAGUGGUCGCCUGCAUUAACUAUUUCUAAAGUUCUUUUGUCCAUUUGUUCACUGUUAUGUGAUCCAAACCCAGAUGACCCUCUAGUGCCCGAGAUUGCACGCAUCUACAAAACAGAUAACGAAAAAUAUAAUAGGCUAGCACGGGAAUGGACAGACAAGUAUGCAAUGCUUUAGGGUACAACAGAAUAGCGCGGGAAUGGACUCAGAAGUAUGCAAUGUGAUGCCACCUCGCCGAAGUCAGAACAAACACGUAUUAUAGCUGGAAUAAACUUUAAAUUACUGGUUUAUUUUUAUUUUUUUGUUUUCUUAUUUGGCUGCUCCCCUGUAUAAAACCAUAUUUAGAUGUUUCUUUUUUUUUUUUUCUGGCCCGCAUUCAUUCACACGCUCUCACAAGAAGAUGGUGUCUCCUGCCCAGGCCAAGACCAGGUUCUUGAGUUUUUAAUGUAAUUUUCCCAUUGAAAAAAAGGAAACUGCCCACAGUUCUUUCUGAAAACUCAAUGGAGCAUGUGGCCAUAGCAGGCCAACACAUCACCCCAGCCACUUGGUUAUGAGGCUUUAAAGAACCAAACCAACAACAGUGUUCCUCAUCGCUCUAACACGUGCUGAAGAUGCCAACAAAACAAGGAUGCUCCACGCGCUACCAGCCCCAUCUUGUAAGGAUCACCUCAUUGCUGGGACAGCAUCCAUUUUUUUGUAAGCUUUUCCCAAUAAAGUUAGAGACCUUGAGGUCUGUUCAAAUGUAUUUUCUGCUCAUAACUGACCGCCUGGAUGGUGAACUGCUGUAAAGUAUACGCAUCAGCAGCGAGGAAGUUAAAAAAAAAAAAAAGAAAAAAAAAAAGAAAUAAAAGAAAUAAAAAAAGUCGAAUAUAAUGCUGUAUUUUAUGCAUGUUAAUAAAGGAAUAAAGUUUAUGUUCUGCAGACAAUGCAAAUUUGGAGGAUGGGAUGGGUAGGGUGGGAGGAGAACUCGGCCCCCUUUUUAGGGUUUUUGUUUUUUGUAUUUUUUUUUUUCUUUGUUUUUAGAAGUUGGGAGCUAUUAGUUGAUCCAUCUUCCAAAACACUUUUCUUGUAGCACUGAAAAAAGAUGCAAAGCCCUCAACGGAAGACUGAUCGACUAAUAGCUCUGCAAGUUAUUGAUUUGUUUUAUUUCUUCUUUCCCCCCCCCCCCCCCCCCCCCCUCAAUAAAGUUGCAUAAACCAAUACUUGGUAGCCUGGUGCAAUUUGUAUAAAGCUGUCUUUUUGUAUGUGGCUGUAUUCACUGUAAUGAUAAUAAAAGCGGUGGGCCUUGGGA